AGAGCCAUUAAUGACCAGGAUUUCGUUGCCAUAUAUUAGUUGUUGCAUGAGGGACAAGCCUGUGAAAUGAAGAAACUGCAUUAGCCAUCAGCAACACCAAAUUGUUAACUUUAUCUUCUACUUCUUCUUCUUCUUCUUUAGGUUGGGCCAAGUUAAGCGAAACCUGCAGUGAUUUAGGCACCAUGAUAGGACCUCUGGCUGUGGCUCUCAGCCUGCUGCUCGGCUUCUCACUGGUUUUAGCCUUUCUCAAGUUGUUGCUCUCGAGCAAACAACUGCCUUCAAGCGUUCCCUGUGGGAGCAUGGGAUUGCCCUUUCUUGGGGAAACUUUUGGGUAUCUCAGGCCGCAUGAAUCGUACUCUAUUGGAAGCUUCCUGGAGAGCCAUUGCUCUCGCUAUGGAAGGGUUUUCAGGUCGCAUCUUUUCGGCUCUCCGACAAUAGUCUCAUGCGAUCACGAUUUCAAUACGUUCGUUCUUCAGAACGAAGGGAAGCUGUUCCGCAGCAGCUACCCCAAGCCCGUCGUCGAUAUUGCUGGGAAGCUAUCCAUAAUGAUCGUCUCCAGCGACCUCCACCGGAAGCUUAGAAGCGUCGCCGUCAACUUCAUCAGCACCUCCAAGUCCAGGCCUGAUUUCCUCCGCUACGUGGAGAAGUUGUCAAUCUCGCUUAUGGAAUCAUGGAAAACCCACCAAGAAGUUUCCUUCUACAAAGAAGCCAAAAGGUUUACGUUGUACAUCAUGUUGAAGUAUGUGCUGGAUAUUGAGCCAGAGGACCCGCUAGCUCCAAGAAUACUGGAAGACUUCCUCACCUUCAUGAAGGGUUUCGUGUCCGUGCCGCUCUACGUCCCUGGAACACCUUACGCCAAGGCCAUCAAGGCUAGAGCAAGACUCUUGUCGACGCUGGGAGAGAUCAUGAGAGAAAGGAAGGAAAUGGGGCUCUUCAAGGGGGAGUUUCUGGACGAGAUAAUGCAGAAAGAAAAUCUAAGUGAUGAGGAGAGGAGGAAUGUGGCAUUGGACAUUCUGCUGGCUGGUUAUGAGACAACUUCUGGGCUUCUGGGCCUAGUAAUCUACUUCACUGCCAAGGCACCAUCUGUUCUUCAAAAACUGAAGGAAGAACAUCAAACUCUGAGGAGAGGCAAGAAGGACGGGGAACCCUUGAGCAUGGAAGAUUACAAGCAAAUGGAGUUCACCUCUCAUGUCAUAUCUGAAGCACUUAGAUGCGGAAAUUUGGUUAAAUUUGUGCACAGGAAGGCCAUUCAGGAUGUCCAAUUUAAAGAAUAUCUGAUCCCUGCAGGAUGGAAAGUCCUUCCUGUCCUCAGUGGAGCACAUCUCGAUCCAUCCCUCCAUCAGAAUCCCUCAGAGUUUGAUCCUUCCAGAUGGGUGGUUGAUCAAACAAUUAACAAGAAGGUAGCCCCAUUCGGUGGUGGCUCCCGGCUGUGCCCCGGUGUUGAUCUUGCUAGGGUCGAGACUGCGUUUUUCCUUCAUCAUCUUGUCCUAAACUAUGGGUGGAAAACUAAGGGCGAUGAGUCCCCAAUCUCUUGCCCUUACUUGGACUUCAAGAGAGGUCUGUUGCUUGAAAUAGACCCAACAGACAAGCCAAUCGUGUGAAGAAGAAGAAGAAGAAGAAGAAGAAGAAGAAGCAGGCUCUUCUAGCUAAUGGGAUUUUGGGCUAGUAUAUAUAUAUAUAUUACAUAAUAGUCACCUCCAUGAAUAAAUGUUCUUCUUAAUCUCUUCUUAAUCAAUAGCAAAAAGGAUUAGCCUUUAUAUAAAUGAAGUCACUCAUUUUGCGUCAGUGCAAAGUAGUUAUUUCACCCACUCCACCAAUCAUUUCGAGCAAAAUAUCACUUUUUUUAUAAAAAAAUUUAUAUCUUUAUGUGAUGAAAUAUCAAGUAUAUAAUAAGUAAACAAACAAAAUGGAAGAUUUAAGAUUCAAAGAGGUUGUUAUUAACAUUUGGAUGUCCAACCGGGCUGUAGAAUUGGAAUGGGCCAUUUGUGGGGGAAAGGCCAGCCCAUUGGCAUGGCCCAUCAUCUCAUGACUAUUAAUGUGUAGGAGAUGGCAAAGUGUAUAUUUUUGGUUAUGUAAUUUAAUAUUUUUUUAUAAUUAUUUAAAUUUUUUAUUAUUUCGAUUAUACUUAUAUAUAUAUUUUUAAUUUAAUUUAAUU